AUGGGGAAGGAAGAGGAUCUGCUUGGAGCAGGUUGCCAGGCUGAAGUGCUCACUGUGGCGAAGCUGACACGUGAGAGCACGAAUGAGAUAGAAGCAGGGCAUGUUGCAGGCAAGAAAUGGGCGAGGCGCCGGAGCGAUCUCGGCAGAGCUCUGAAGUUGCAGGAACAGAGUGCCCAGCGCAUGAUGAGGAUGUUGCAGGGGACGCCGGCUCGCCAUGCAGACCUCUGGUCCGAUCUGUCCAUGGCUUAUGUGGCCAGCAAUGUCCGGGGCCGACUGGCAAACAGGGAGGAUGUGCAAAAGUACCGGCAGCUCUCCGAGUCUGAGAUGCAGAAGUAUGGGAACCUGGCCCAUGCCAUGACCCAAAGGCGUCGUGUCGCUGGAGGAAAACGCUCGAAGGUUCGCAGGGCAGAUCCCUUGGCUUGGCCUUUGAGGCUGAAGCGCAAGGCGGCCAGGCGGCUGCAAAGUCGCUUUGAUCCCAAGGAAGCACGCCGACAGCUCCAAAGAGAUCGGUCCGAUCCACUGUGGAUGAGGUGGCAGCAAAUCAGCUCGGAAAUGGACAGACAGCACAAUCAGGCCCAAGCAGGGGACAAGCAGGCCCGAGAGGACUUUCUGUCGCAUGUGGACUGCAAGGGUGAACUUUGGCCUCUAGAUCCUUUGAAGGACCACAUCUUCAGCUGGCGCAUCCAACGACCACCUGCCUGCUCUGAUCCUGUCCCUGACACAGGCUUCACUUCUGACUUUGUGCAACACACAUGGAUGAGCAAAGCUGCUCAAGAUGUUGCUUGUGCUCCGAGCAUCACCGGAGUUCUUGGACGGUCAAGGGAGUCGCGGCUGGCGGAGUGGGAGCGGCGGCACGUGGUUUUGCGGCCUAUGCCUGGGGUCAAACUAGCGAAAGAGUCUGAUAAUGCUCGAGCAGCCCGUGCCAUCAGACAAGCUGGGCUUGUGCUCUCCCCUGCAGCCCGCAACCUGGAAAAGGCAUUAGCCAACAUGCUGAUGACCUUUGCUGGUCAAGGCUUGAAGGAGCCGUCCAAGGUCAAAACCAAGCAGCGAUUGCUGCUCGAUGAGAACCACGUAGUUGUCCGGUUGCAGAGGCCCGAGAUUGCCGGGUCCAUGGUCCGAUGCCUUUGGUAUCAGGUUUGCUACCUGACAUAUGAUCGGCCUGUGCGAGCCACCUUCCUGUCUCUGGAGGAGGACACGUACCUCCAGCCGACCACGAGGCAAGGUCUCAUCUUGGCCCCGAAGUGGAAACCGGGAUGUGGUCGGCAAACAUGGCUUUUCAGCCUUCCAGAGCUGGCUGCUUCCUUGGUGCCUAGCAGCAAUUGGACGGGGGAGUUCUUGUAUAUUAAAGGUUGCGGACGUGGGCCCGAAAAGGAGGAGGCUGACAACGACAGGCCAUUUUUCCUGGAUGUGCAACCCAUGGACACAGGUCCGUUUACUCUCGAUUCCGUCUGCACUUCGAAGGGUCCGAAUGGUCCAGACCAGGCAGGGUCCGAGAGUGAUGAUGAUGCUGUCCAGACAGAGGCACUCCAGACAAAGGCCCGAGUCAGCCAGGCUUUCAAAUCUGCUGCUUUGGACGUCCAUGGAAUGCUUCCACAGGAAGAGGUCGAAGACAUCAUCCAGAGAGCUGCAAAAGGCAAAACAAUACAGCUUGCGGAUGAUGUCAAGGUCCUCUUUACCUUCCGACAGCCAAGCAAGCAAAAUCCCUGUGGGGGUUUUCAGGUCCGAUGCUACUGCCACAGGCCCGACAAGAAGGUCAACAAGGCAGGGACCGAAUAUGCGCUGGCAUGUCGCCGCACUAUGUCCAUUCCAGGAAGUGGCCAAGCUGCAGAGACUCUGAAGCAUCUGUCCGAAUGGGCCCUGGCCG